UGUUUUCAAUACGGUCCCAAAUGGCUAGUUAAGUGAUUGUUUGAUAGCGAGAUAACUCCGAGCAAUUAAAACUGAUGAAUGAAGACAAGCGAUUAUUAGUAAUAAUGGCAUCCAGGCCAAGGGAAGGCGAUGCUUCGAGUUCAAGCCACUCAUAUGGGCCGCAAUUUCCACCAAUUAUAAAUUCAGAGAAAAUUAAUAAAAAUGACAGUGUAGAAACUGUGGAAACCAAAUCAAAUACUGACCAGCCAACAACAGCAUCAUUAUGUAUUCAAUUCUUAACUUUAAUAAUACUUGGGUUGAUGGCAUGGGGUCUGGCCUGGAGCCAGUGGGGCGAUGGCUGGGGGUGGAGCGGGAAGUGGUUCCGGAUUGGCCUCGUGGCAGCAGUAGCCUGGGGCAGUGGACAAGCCCUUCAAGCCCUUACAACUAUGCCUGGCAUGUUGGCUGCCCUGUUCACUGGCAUCCUUGCUCAAAAUAUCGGUUUUCUUGAUAUGCGCGACUACAUUGAAAUAGAUGGAUUUUUAAGGAAAAUAUAUCCAGUAGUGGUUCUUGGGAAAGGUUCACUGGGAUGGAAUGUGGACUACAUGAGAAGCAACUGGCAGCGGGUGGCGACGCUCGGCGGCGUGCCGUGGCUCGUGGAGGUGGUGGCCGUGGCGACGUGUUCCCACUUCCUGCUAAACUUCCCGUGGAUUUGGGGUUUCCUACUCGGUUCAGUAUACUGUUCGUUGUCUUGGGCGGUGGUGAUGCCGGGCGUCGCGAGACUAACCGCCGCCCGCGGCUCGUCUCGCAACUGGGCGCAGCUGGUGUGCACCGCGGGCGGUGCCGACACCGCGCUCAGCGUCGGCGUCUACGGACUCAUCUUCAGCUUUAUAUUCACGGGAGAAAACGAACUGUAUAAAUAUAUCAAGGCUGGAUCGACCCUGUUCGUAGGCGUGAUACUGGGAGUAGCGUGGGGCAUGCUGGCAGGGCUAGCACCACACUCGCGCGACUAUUACGUCGCGGAGCUCCGGGUUCUCAUUGUGCUGGUCGGUGGACUCUUCGCCAACUUUAUCCUCGUGCGCUUAGGAUGGGCUGGAACCGCUGGAGUCGCUGUGUUAGCCUGCAACGUAACAGCCGCGAUGUUCUGGGCGCGAGACGGGUGGAAACUAAACAACAACCCCGCGUCUACAGCCUACCGGGUGUUUUGGGCUGCCUGUGAGCCUGCUGUGUUUGCAUACACGGGCACUUUCUUUGUGAUUGAUAACGAUCUGUGGGAUGUUAUGUUAAUUGGGUUAGCAAUUCUACUGAUAUGUUUGACUGUGAGACUAACAACGGCAGCGCUCGUCUGCUGGGACAUGACCCUCAAGGAAAGACUCUUCGUUUGCUGCACCUGGGUACCCAAAUCCAUAGUCGAGGCUGUAUUGGCGCCAACGGCUCUAGCGGCGGUCAUCUCGCGGGGGCCCCACCCGGAUUACGACAACGAUUUGGCGUGCGCAGUAAACAUCCUGCGACUCCUCGUUCAAGCCAUAGUCAUCACCACCCCCAUAGGGUACCUACUUACAAACCAUGUAGGGCCAAAAUUACUUAAAAUACCAAAGAAAUCCUGUGACGAUAAAAACUUAGCAUAAUUCUAA